AUGGCUUCAGCUACAACAGAUCUCUUGAUUGGCAAAAUUGUAGGCAUCCUCGAGAAUGAAGCAUCCGCCAUAGCCGGUGUUGGUGAUCAAGUUGAUGAGAUAAAACAGGAGCUUCUAUACAUGAAAUCCUUCCUGAAAGAUGCUGAGGGCAAGGAACCACACACGGAAGGAGAGAAAACGUGGGUUACAAUGGUGAGAAAUUUGGCCUUUAAAGCUGAAGUUAUCAUUGACAAAUUCAUGUAUGACAUGUACGAGGAGCAAAGUCAAGGUAGAUUCGCGAGGUGGCUCCAGAAACCCAUUCACCUUCCAAAGAUUCUUUGGUAUAGGCGUCAAGUCACGAUUGAGUUACAGAAAAUCACAAGAACGAUCAAAGCCAUUCCAGAGAGGAAUCAAAGAUAUGGUGUUGGUUCCCUAAGCAGUUCGUCUAAUGAUAAUCACAAAUGGGUGAAGAACCAAGCGGAUCAGUCUUCUCUUUUCAUUAAGGAAGAUGAGCUCGUGGGGAUUGAAAGAAAGAAGCAAACAUUGAUGGAAAGGCUGAUGAGUGAAGAACGACACCAAAUGGUUGUGUCCGUGGUCGGUAUGGGAGGAUCAGGGAAGACCACUCUAGUUGCCAAGACCUUCACCGAUGAAACUAUAAAGAGAUAUUUCGACUGUUAUGCAUGGAUAACUGUUUCCCAAACCUACGUGAUUGAAGACUUAUUUAGAAGCUUGAUCAAGGAAUUUCACCGAUCAAGAAAGGAAGAGGUCCCUCCAAGCAUAAGUUCUCUUGAACAUACAGAACUGGUAGAGAUGCUUCGCAACUACUUGGAUGCUAAAAGGUACCUUGUUGUACUAGAUGAUGUGUGGGAUAUCAAACUUUGGGAAAGAGUAAGGAUAUCGCUUCCAGAUAGAAGAGCUCUUGGAAACCGGAUCUUGCUUACAACUCGAAAUCAAGAAAUUGCAUUGUAUCCUUUUGGAGUAGAAAGCCAUGUUUAUCGAAUUGAACUCCUGGAAAAGGAUGAGGCUUGGGAGCUCUUUAACAAGAAAGCAUUCUCAACUUAUCAUGAGCAAUGCUGUCCACCAGAGUUUGAAUCAUUAGCUUCGGAACUUGUGGAAAAGUGUGAAGGCUUGCCUCUUGCAAUCGUGGCCUUAAGUGGUGUUCUGUCUUCCAAGGGGUCCCCUACAGAGUGGAGCAAAGUGUACAACAGCUUGAAUUGGCAGCUAACAAACAACCCUUUGCUAAAACCUAUGACGACCAUCUUGUUGCUUAGUUUCGAUGAUUUGCCAUAUCAAUUGAAGCAUUGUUUCAUGUACUGUUCCCUUUUCCCAGAAGACUAUUUGAUCGAUGGAGAAAGGCUCAUUAGAUUGUGGUUGGCUGAAGGAUUUGUUGAGCAAGUUGACGGGCUUACACCGGAAGAAGUUGCAGAGAACUAUCUUAUAGAACUUAUUCGUCGUAGCAUGCUAAAAGUUGAAGAUCGGACUGACAUGGGAAAGGCCCUAGCAUAUAAAAUGCACGACAUUUUGCGGGAGCUUGCUCUAUCCAUGUCACAAAAAGAAAAUUUUGCUGCAAACUACGUUGGGAGAGAAAUGAGAAAGGUUACAGCACGUCGUUUGUCAAUUCAAACAACUGAAGGAGAAAUUAGCUCAAUAAAAGGUUUGUCAGAGCUCCGUUCUUUUCUUUUCUUUGUCACUAGCACAUUUUCACUGCCUUCUAGAUCUAAAUUGUUGAAGGUUCUAGAUUUGGAGAAAGUCCCCAUUGAUAAGCUCCCAAGUGGAUUAGUGUAUUUAUUUAACUUGAGGUAUUUAAAUUUGAGGGGAACUUCAAUUAAGGAGCUUCCAAAAUUUAUAGGAAGACUUGGAAACCUUGAAACCUUGGACAUAUCACACACCAAAAUAGAAGCACUUCCAAGAGGAGUUUCCAAGUUGUUAAACCUGCGCCAUCUACUUAUGUACCAUCACACUUGGGACGACGUUGGAUUUAAAUACCUCAAGGGGACACGAGUACCAUCAAAUAUUAGUGAGUUGAAGAAAUUGCAGGUGUUGGAAAAAUUUGAAUCAGACGGAAACAUUGCAGGACUCAUUGGAAGUAUGACCCAACUUAGACAGCUUGGCAUUACGAAUGUGAAAGGAAGUGACGAAAUGGACCUCUGUGACUCGAUUCAAAAGAUGAAGCAGCUUCGCAACUUGAGUUUGACGGCAACGAAUGCAGAUGAAUUUCUUAAGGUCGACAAGCUAUCUUCACCUCCUCCACAUCUUGAAAUUGUUUCUUUAGCUGGGAAACUGCACAAAGCACCAGUUUGGUUUUGUUCACUGCAAAGCCUCACACAUCUCCAUCUGCAUUGGGCUAAACUUGAAAACGAUGAGCUACUACCUCAAAUUGAAGCAUUGCCAUGUUUGGCAAGUCUUGACCUUUUUAAUGCCUACAUUGGGAAGGAGCUGUACUUCGGUGGAGGCUUUCCAAAGCUUACACGUUUAGUUUUGUCUAAUCUCCUCUUUUUGAGUAAGAUCACUAUAGAAAAAGGGGUUAUGCCAAAUCUCAAGUCUCUAUUUCUUAAUAGCUGCAUUGAAUUGAAGACAUUGCCACUGGGUAUUGAGUACCUUCUUAAUCUAAACACAUUGGAAUUGGUGUAUCUUCCAACGCAACUUGUAGACUCCAUACGAGAAGGAGGUGUGGAUCGUCCAAAGGUGCAACACAUUCCCAAAAUCCACAAUUAUUACACAACAUCGUCUGGAAGUACGUCUUAUGAAAGCCUGUCCUAUACAUAG